AUGGCUGGAGGAGAUGCACAAAAAGGAAGAAGAAUCGCCAUAAUUGGCGUAUCUACCUUGUUAUUGGUGGCUAUGGUUGUUGCUGUAACGAUUAGCAUAAACCAAAACCAAAAUGAUGUUAAGGACGAUUUUAAGGAUGAUUUAGCAGACAACAAAAAGAAUCAUGUUGCUUCUACAUUGAAAGCGGUGCAAACUAUUUGUCAUCCCACCACUUACAAGAAGGAAUGUGUUGAAUCCCUCGUAGUGGAGGCUGAGGCUGGCAAUGUCACCGACCCAAAAGAACUCAUUAAAAUCGCAUUCAAUGUUACCAUCAAUAAAAUUGGUGAAAAACUCAAGGAAACUGAAAUGUUUAGCGAGAUCGAGAAGGAUCCUAGAUCCAAGGAUGCACUUGAUACUUGCAAGCAGCUUAUGCAUCUUUCAAUUGGUGAAUUCACAAGGUCACUUGAUGGAAUAAGCGAGUUUGAUCUAAAACAUAUGAACCAAAUUCUCAUGAAUUUGAAGGUUUGGCUCAAUGGUGCUGUCACAUACAUGGAUACAUGCUUAGAUGGAUUUGAAAACACUACUGGUGACGCUAGUAAAAAAAUGAAACACUUAUUAACAUCAAGCAUACACAUGAGUAGCAAUGUCCUGGCUAUUGUUUCAAAUUUCGCUGACACAGUCUCUGAUAUGAAUGUAUCCAAACUUUUUGGACGUCGUCUCCUUCAAGAUUCUGAGAUUCCUUCUUGGGUUGAACAUCGCAUACUCCUUGAUGCAAUGACAAACAAAUCAAAACCAAAGCCUAAUGUUACCGUAGCUUUAGAUGGUAGUGGUGAUUUUAAGAGCAUAAAUGAGGCAUUGAAAAAGGUUCCUGGUGAGGAGGAUGAAACACCAUUUGUGAUCUACAUUAAGGCAGGUGUUUACCGAGAGUAUGUUGAAGUUUUAAAAAAUAUGACACAUAUUGUGUUUGUUGGUGAUGGUGGUAAGAAGUCGAUAAUCACUGGCAACAAAAACUAUAUGGAUGGAGUUACCACCUACCAUACCACCACUGUUGCUAUUCAAGGAGAUCACUUUACCGCCAUUAACAUGGGUUUUGAGAAUUCAGCUGGUCCACAAAAACAUCAAGCAGUGGCACUAAGAGUUCAAGGAGAUAAGACUAUCUUCUUCAAUUGCUCAAUGGAUGGAUAUCAAGACACACUUUAUGUACACGCCAUGCGUCAAUUUUACCGUGACUGUACUAUUUCAGGUACCAUCGACUUUGUCUUUGGUAAUGCAGAAUCGGUAUUCCAAAACUGCAAAUUCGUGGUCCGAAAGCCUAUGUCAAACCAACAAUGCAUUGUGACCGCACAAGGAAGAAAAGAAAUAACUGGACCAUCAGCAAUAGUCAUCCAAGGAGGCUCUAUUGUUGCUGACCCUGAGUUCUAUCCAGUCAGGUUUGACCACAAGUCCUACCUAGCCCGUCCAUGGAAGAAUUUCUCUAGGACUAUCAUCAUGGAUACAUUCAUCGAUGAUUUGAUUCAUCCCGAUGGUUUUUUUCCAUGGCAUACAGAAGUGGGGCCUAUUAACAUGGACACUUGCUUCUAUGCUGAAUACCAUAACUAUGGCCCUGGUUCAAACAAAUCAAAGCGUGUGAAAUGGGCUGGAAUCUAUAACAUCAAUUCAAAGGCUGCACAUAGGUUUGCACCAUCCAAGUUCUUCCAUGGUGGUGACUGGAUUAAGGACACUGGAAUUCCUUACUUUCCAACUAUACCUGAACACAAGAAGCACAAAAAGACAGUGCUUAAAUGGUGAUCUUGAUGUUAUGCUCAGGG